UUCUGUCAGAAGGUAACAGGAAGUCCUUCAGCCCAGGAGUUGUACCCAACAUAGAAAUAUAACCUCUGUUAGGCCACAUUUUGGAAUUAAUCAGAGUAUGGAAGUGAAUACACCACUACAGGCGGCAGCUGGAGGUGCUCCUGUACCAGAGGAAGAGGUCAAGAAGGCAGCGUCUACAGCUCAGGUGGCCCCCCUGCCAGAGAUUCGUCUGGUGGUGCUGGGCUGGAGGUGGCCAGGGAAGAGCCUGACGGGAAACACCAUCAUCGGCCGAGAGGAGUUUCGCCUGGAGCGAGCAGCUGAGUUCUGUGUGAAGAGACAGACAGAGGUGAAGGGGCGGCAGGUGACUGUGGUGGACACUCCGGGUUGGUUCUCGGCCCAGGACACACCACCCUCCUACAAACAGGAGCUAGUGAAGGGAGCUUCUCUGUGUCCCCCAGGCCCCCAUGCCUUCCUGCUCGUCAUCCCUGUGGGAAUGUUCACUGACGUGGACCGUGCUCGGAUCGAAGAGCACGUGAGUCUUUUUGGGGAGCGUGUGUGGAAGCAUACCAUUGUGGUGUUCACCUGGGCCGAGGUCCUACGAACCAUUUCCAUUGAGAGGUACAUUCGAAGAGAAGGCAAAGAGCUCCAGUGGGUGCUGGAAAAGUGUAAGCGGAGGUAUUUUGUUAUCAAUAACUGUAUAUUUGGGGAGCACCCCCAGGUGGGACGCUUGUUGGAGAGGGUGGAGAAGAUGGUGGCAGAAGAAGGGGGGCUGUACAACCCAGAGGAGGUGGAGGAGAAGGAGAAGGAGCAGGAGCCUGUGGUUGAGAGUCAGAGCCCACCUAUCAGAGAUGUGCGGGAGCUGGGUGCACGGCCUAAACAGAACUCUGGCCUGGGUUUGUCCAAAGCCAUGGAGGUGGAGCCCCUUUCCAGUGAGUGAUGCAUUUAUUUUGGACCACACAAAGCAAAGGUUAUUCACACUGCAGACAAAAGAGGCUCAAAUCUGAGUUUAGUGUUUCUUAGACAUGAUUCUCUACAUAAUAUGAACAGUAGAAGUCACAUGAAAUCGGAUUAUUUCAGUUGUGAUUUGUCCUAAUACCUCAUAUAGAAAUUCAUGCAUCUUUUAUGACACUCUACAUUGAGUUCUAUCACAAUUCUUCACUAAAGGCAAUCACUGUGACAAAAACCUCUUUAUUCUUCAUCUUCAUGCUGGUUUAAACUGCACAUCAGAUCAAACUGUUUAAACCCUGACUUCAGUGGCCUCUGUAGCUGCUUAUGGAUGGCAGCAGGCUUGGUGUGACUCUUUUGUUAUUAUUAUUAUUCUUUUGCAUCUACAGUUCAGUUCAGGACUGUGAUUGGGUCACACUUGGCACAUUAGAAAAAUAACGUGAAUAAUAAAAAUGUGAACACAUUAGAACAGAAAUCAGAUUUGAGCAAUUUAUCUGAAUUAAGCUCUAAAGUGUGCAGUGUGAAUGUAGAGAUAGUGAGCUCUCAGAAUGUAAUGUAAUGUGUGUGUGUUUUGAAGUAGGGCUGUGGGAUAUGAGUAAAGUCUCAUACCCAGAUGUAGAUCAUUUUGUGUUCACAUAAAAAUACAAAGAUUUUCUGCUAAAUUUAAUUAAUAAGUUGUUAAAGUAAUCAGAUGUUUUAUUACAUUUUGAAUUAUGUACUAGACUAGAUAUAAAGGUACUUCUAUUGAAUUACUUUUCUGUUGUUAUUUGAGCCUUCAAGUAAGUAUGUAAGACAAUAUUAAUGCAUAAAAUGUUAGUUUUCGGUCUGACAGACUAGUCAGACCACAUUCAUGUCACAUUCCCCCUUUGAGCGCAGAGCUCUUCCUUUUGUCCUGGCUGGUUACAGUCUUCCUCCUGUUCAGAGUUCCUCCAGUUUGUGCCACGUUAACUCUCCUCAUGUUUGUUUUGUCGUCAUGCAAAUGCCCUGUCUGCAUUGGCUCUGUGUUGGAAGAACAUUCAUUUUGAUUCACAACACAAAGAAUGACAUGGGUAUUCAAGCAAUAGACGGUUUUUGUUCCAUCAGUAUAUCAUCAUAUCUCACAGCCCUAUUGUUAAGAUAUUAAUUUAUUUAAUUUCCUUCUAUACUAAUAAUAAUCAAAGUGUUUAAUGUCACUGAUAAUUUCUAUUUCAUGUACAUUGUAUACCCAAAAUCCAUCCUAUUAAUAAUACCCUGUAUGUUUGAUUUUAGAUUAACAGACAUUUUUGGCUGACGUACGCCUUAAACUACACAUAUUGGAGCCUCUGCUGUACUGUACUGACAGGAAAGCUGCUUCUUUGACAGAAAGGAGCAAUUAACUGAAAUUUUACUGAAUGUACAAACUAGUAUGAUUAUUUAUUUUACAAUCAAACAUUGUAGUAGUUUGAGCUGUGUGCAUUAUUUGUCUAGUGUGAUGAUACUGCAGACUGUUUUUUUUUUUUUUAAAUGUUGGUUCCCUGUUACCUACAAUAGUUUCACCUGUAGUGUGGGAGUUUCUUUUUGAUGUUGAUAGACUUGGGUGUUGAGAUGCAUUUAAUGUAGUCUAAAGAAAGGAAGCUUGUGCUGUUACACAGGUAACCGUCAUUAUUUUUAAGCCCAACGUGUACACUCCUGACUCUUGGCGGAGACCUACUGUAUAGCAGAACUGCACUACUAAAUUGUUACUAUGAUAUUCUGACAGUGACUGUGAGGGAUUUUUAUUUUUGAAAUGAUUCUCAUUUGUGACCAAAUUGUAAAUGCUUUCCUCAUGCUGUAAUGUUAUUGUACAGUUCUAAAGCACUAGAGCAGGUAUUCAUGUUUAUCUCUGUAGUGUGCCUCUAUGCAUUUUGCCUCUUUAACAUGUACCAGUUAGUUAUUUAUACAGCUUUGGGGGAGAUGCUGUAUGUUUGGGUGCAUCACCUGGUGCCUUCUGCUUCUAUGCUGACCUGAAAAUAGACGCUUGCACUUAGUGAAACUCUGGCUCAAAGUCAGUCUGUUUUUUAGGCUACAGAGGAGAGGCCGCUAACACAAGGGACCUGAUAUUUACCUCCAGAAAAGCAAAAAAGGCCCUACACAAGACCCAUAUUUUACUUUCUUUUACUAAAAUACCCCUUAAACUGCUAGAUGAAGCACUUUUCUAUAAGAUUUAGUGACAUCAUUGACUUAAAUACACACUCAUAAAGCUCUCUGUCUUGAUCGUCUUUUUCUUGCCAAGCAUCUCAGUGGUUUGCUCAGAUAUUCUAUGGAAAUAUUUCAUAUCAUAUAGUCAUACAGAGGGCUGAUCCCUUUUUGUUUGGCAUUGUUUUAUUUUUUGUUCAAAGUAUUUUAAUUGCAUAUCUAGUCACAGACGAGCACAAUACAGUCAUUGUUUUUUGUUUUUUAACCCAAACCCAUGAACAUUCCCACCCUGUUGCACCAAAAAAAAAAAAAAAGGAUAAUUGGCAAUAAUAAUAAUAAUAAUAAUAAUAAUAAUAAUAAUAAUAAAUAAAUAAAUAAGGGACACAAAUAUUAGUCACAUACUCGUAUUAAUAGGUAAUAAGUGAGGGAUCUACCUUUUUUAUGUGAUUCAGAACAGGUUGCCAGGUACUGAAAAACUUAUUGGCACAUCCUCUUACAGAAAAUCCGAUUUUUUUUCCAAUGUUAAAUGAUGUAAAAGAUCCAGAAACCAAGAUUUAAAUGUUGGAGGUUGUUUAUCCUUCCAUUUUAGUAGUAUUAGUCUACUAGCUAGAAGAGUGGCGAAGGUAAUCAGAUUUUUAGAUUUUUGGUUAAAAGAAUGUAAUGUAAUGCCAAAUACUGCAAUUGUUGCUGGUUUGGCAUUGUUUGAUACCACCUUUCAGCUAAGGAGGAAAUCUCAUCAAUGUCCAUGUGUGAAAAACCUGCUUUCAGAAUUUUUUAUUUUUUAUUUUUUUCCAAUUUUAUGGUAACAGACAAUAGAAAUAAGAAAUAGUAUACAUAAUGUAUAUGCGAGAGAGCUGUUAAAAUGGAAAAUUAGUACAGAAAAAAAAAGUAUUUUAGGUACUUGUAUUGAACAUUCUGCAGUGAUUGUCAGCAGUAAAUAUAAAUAUAAUUCAACAUUGCCCCAAAAGCGCCACCUGUUGGUCAAACAUAUGCACUAUCUUUAAUAAAAUGCAAACUCUUUGUGCAUAUAAUGUCCAUAUGGGUAGGCAUGGGCUGAUUAUAGGUGAGGAUUAUAUCCACAGUGAAUGCUCUUCUGUAAGAAACCACUUCUGCGCUGUCUGUACGAGGCUGGCGUCAGCUGCGCCGGACAGACCCUUGACCUUUAUGAGUGGGUGUGUCCUGACCACGCCCAUUUCCUAUUACAACCAUCGGAUCAUUCAGAUUACACAAACACCAGAGGGAUCCGGGUUAGAAAACACUCAGAGCUGAACGUGUCCCAGUUCUGCCUGUUGGAGGGCCUCAAAGCAGCAGGUGUGUGUGUUUAACUAUGUGACACUAAAACCAUAAGGACAGCACAGAGCACCAAAUGCCCUGAACAUACAGGACACCUCCACCACAGAUCAUGAUAUAGUCCCCUGAUUAUUAAAUUCAAUGUUUCUUGUUCAGUCUUCACUCAUGGUUCUAAUAAACCCAGAGUGAGUUUUAAUGACCCUGGUUAAAAGUGAAAUGCCUUAAGCCUCAUGUGUAAAUGUCACAGGUCAGUUUCUGUUUUGGAUGUGUGUUUGUUUUCACUCUGGCCAUCAGGUCUAUACUGUAAUGUACUUUUAUUGGGUUACUUCAACACAGACAACUGGGCAAUGGCAAUAAGGACAGAUAAUAAAAACAGCCCUGGCAUUACAUAGAGCAUUAAACAGUACAACAAAUUAUUGUUGUAUAAUCUGAUAUGCACUGUGACUCCUGUAGUUUUAAAUGGAAAAAACACAAACACCUAUUUGCCUACUUUCCAUUCACUGUUCUGUUUUGGGAUUAUUGUUUUCCUUUCUGUGAUGCAUGGUUUCCUUUGAUUCUGUCUUGAUAUAGCUUUAUAACAUAUCAUUUAUGUUCAGCACUGUUUAAAUGCUCGUGUUCACCAUAGUAUGGCUUUGUUUUAGCACAAAUUAUCAUUCUGAGUAUGAAUAAAUUUAUAUUUUGAUCUUA